UCUUAAGGGGUUACUUCGAGAUUCCACAAUACUAGAGGUAAUAACAACCAAGGAUGUUUUAGUUUAACCAUCAAUAAUAAGUAGAAAACUCCCCAGUUUAGAAAAGCAUGUAGAAUACCUUAGUGUAAAAGAACAAGGUCUUACGGAAAUAUAUGUGCUUUUCAUUUAUUUGCUCAAUCCCACAUUGUAAUUCAUAAGUUCUAGCUGACCUUACUGCAAGAAAGUAUUAAUGAAACUUUUUGACGUUUAGGUUUGUUUACAAAGAGACACCACUUCACUCAGCAGCGAAUAAAUAAAGCGCUGAAGCUCACCUACGCCAACUUUCAGCUUUUUAUAUACAUACUUGUAUGUAUAUAUGUAUGCAUGCACUUAGUUAUUGCUGAAGACUUGGCUUAGAGCAAACUGAAGUUUUAUCUAAUUUAACGAGAAUUCGAAGCACGCAAUUCUGCACGAAGCAAAUGGACGAUGCAUAUGGCAGAUUUAGAGAUCAGAAUAAUGGUACGUUAUAUAAACAACAAACAUUUUUAGAACCGUUUCAAAGACAGAACGGCGGUAGACUAUGCAACAUCGGAGCUUUGGAUGGAAGUAAUUUAACGGAAAAAGUCGUUAUUAUAAAAAAAUAUAUACGGUGCGGUUGAAAAGAGUUGACAUUUUUUUAUGUCUAUAUGUAUUGUUUAUGAGACCACAAUUUGUGAAGAACGUUUUAUUAAAAUGUCACCGAAAUCCAUAUGCUAUGGACUUUUGUUGAUUUUUGUGUUCAUUUUAGCGGUGAAUGCCGCUUGUGUCUGCCAAGAGAAAGGCGUCGAUUACUGUGCCAAGUGCAAGGAACCCACAUUCGUGCGGCCUAAACCACGUCAUGGCUGUCUUAAUCCAGAGUUGGACCUCACACCCAUCGGCAACAGCUGUUCCUGCGACAAGCUAUUCGUUGAACCGGCUGCAUUGCCCAAGCCAUGCAGUAAUAAAAAGCCAGCACCGAAAAAUUCAGUAUGUAAAUGCUCAGCGCCGUCGCCAAGUGCUAGUUAUUAUCCACCAACAUCAACAGUUUAUGAAACACCGAAAACAGGUGACUAUUAUAAGCCAGCACCACUGCCAUCAACACCAUCAUUAUCCUACAAGUCGUCAUCAUGCGGUUGCUCGUCGGCGUCGACAAUUCCCGCAUAUCCUUUACCUGAUGCAACUUAUGCGCAACCACAAGACAGCACAGUACCUGCCGAUCCGAUAAGCAUAAGUCUGGCUUUGCAGGCUAAUAAAGCGAUAGCAGUGCCAGAAGCCAAGCUGGCCUAUGGUUUUGCGAAGAAGCCGAUUGAUAGUAUGAAGAAAAUCACCUUCUCCAAUGUACCAGAGGAAAAUCUCUUCAAACUGAAGAAUAAUGUUAUUACAUUCAAAAAACCAAAGCUUACACCAGCACCACUGUCGGAAGAGGAAGAAGUCGACGAAGAAGAAUUAGUGGAAACGGCAGAUACCCCUGCACAACUUACGUACCAGCAAUUGGGUUAUGUGCCGGAACAUUUUAAGAAUCCGAAAUUUCGUAAAGUCAGUACAGUUUAUAGUGACGAUUAUUAUUCACAUGAAGCCGGUUACCCGCUACCGUAUAAAGUGAAGGUGGAUUGUGGUUUUAAACCCGGACGCAUGGCGGCGUACUUCAAACAAAAACCACAAAAUGAGCCGGCGGCUUAUUACUAGUGGUUAUCAAAUCGCAAAGCUAAGAACUUGCUAUUUUAUUUUCUUUAAAUGUAUAGUAGUUGCAUGUAUAUUUUUCAUAAAACCCCUUCGUUAGUCUAAGUUCGUUAAGGCUUUUUUUAUAAAUAAAAUAUUAAAAAUAUAUACAGUGAAAUUCCCCAUUUCAGACCGUGCUCAUAGUCGGACAUUUCUCAUAAUUGGACAAA